CACGGAAGUAACAUUCGUAGAAUUCACCUGUUGCGUGUUCAACAGGAAAGAGAGAAAAUAACAAGAAACAAUUGAAGUAACAUUGACGAAACUCGCGAGUGCCGGCCACGGUUAGAGCCCUUGCAUCGACGUUCAUGGACAAACUAAAGAAGGUUCUGAGCGGCCAAGAUGGCAAUAAUGAUGACAUUAACAUCGUGGAGGCAGCGAACCGAGCCUCAACUCUGAGCUGGAGUACACGGAUAAAGGGGUUCGCCGCUUUCUUCGUGCUUGGAGGGGUGUGCUCGGUGAUGGGGGUGUGUUUUCUGUUUCUUCCAAAAAUUGGAUUGAUUUUGUUCAUUAUCCUUUACACCAUUGGCAACAUUUGCACUCUGGCCAGCACCAUGUUCCUGCUGGGGCCCUGGAACCAGCUGAAGAGGAUGUGUGAGAAGACCCGUGCCUUCGCCACCAUCCUUAUGCUGGUGUUUCUUGCCUUGACUCUCUGCGCUGCUUUUUGGUGGAAGAACUAUGGGCUUGCUUUGCUGUUUUGCAUUUUGCAAGUCAUUUCAUUUGCUUGGUACGGUCUGUCCUACAUACCAUUUGCAAGGGAUGCAAUGUUGAAGCUGUUCGCCCUCUGCGUGAAGUGAGGAGGGCCUCCCUCCACGCCCCCACCCCCUGUCCUAUCCCUGCUUUUAGGACCAUGAAGGGAGCAUACCUGCAAAAGUUUACAGGUGCCACUCCAUCCUCUAGCAAAAUGGCACCCACCUGCUGUCCUGAACAUUUUACAAAAAAUCUCAAAGAGGGCUAAAAGCUUUUGUUGAGGGUAAAUUGUAUGUAUAUUAUGUUUCUUUUUUAAUCACGCAGACUGACAGAAGGAAUAAGAGCUCUGUUCACAUCGGUCUAAAUUUGGACUUCUCCACACCUCUGCUUUCCCCUUCUGGGAGGAAUGUAUAUGCUGUAGAUGAUACACUGUGUACCUGUACAAGUGCCUUCUCAGUCGACGUAUCUCUGGUUGAGGGUUAAAAUGAACAAAUUUAGUGAAGGACCUCAAUUAUGUGUCUAUAUUAGUGUUUAAUACAGUAUUUAAGUUUUCAUCGCUUAGUGUGUAUGCAUUUUAUUUUCUUUUCCACACUCCUAGCCGUAAACAAGUGUAUUUAUGAGUUACAUAUAAGCGGAUAGUGAAAUAAAUACUUUAAAAUACAUUUGAAAGGAUUCUGUUACACAUAGGAAAUGAAAGUACCAUAAUCCUGCAAACUGAUGACUGGCCUGGAUUCCAUCUACAAUUGUCCUAUAUUUUAGCUUAUGACCUAAAGCAAGUUUUUGCAAUUUUCUUCAUGAACACAGUUGAGUGAGUUCAUUUUUGAUGAUUGCCUAACAUUAACAUUUAUUUGUAUGUUAAAUAUAAGGGCAAGUGUUGAAUGAAUGUUAGCCUUUUUCUUAAACUCAAAGAUGAAAUGAACAAAGCGAUAUGAUCACCUCUGCUGUUCUAAAGACGAGGGAAACCUAUAUACUGUACAUACAGUACGUGCUGUAUUUGAACAAGAACAUAAGCUGCACUGCGUAAAAGCCUGUAAGAAUAGGGACCAAAUAUUAUUUUUUGAAGGCCGAUAUCCAGCCUGUACUGGUGAAUGGAUCUUUUAAAUGAUCUUUUAAAAGUAAGGAAGCAUUGGAAAAUCAUCCCCAGGGGAAGCAUUCAGCUGCAAAUUUUCACUUGUGGAAAUACAGGGUGCCUGCUAUGCCCAACCAAACUCUUUAUCUGGGUUUUAAUGUCUCAAAACCAAAAUCCUAGGUGCCUUUACAUUUAGUGGCACAGUAUGGUGGAAUGUGCUAGAAGUAGUCAUUCUCUGAGCUGAAAACUUCUUUAGAGACACAUCCAUGCCACAUUGCAUCGGCCUGGCCUGUCUGCAUCACUGAAAUCCCUGACCCUGAUCUGUGCGUGUCCUCAUGGUGCCGCUGGGGAAAGAACCAUCUCUGUUAAAUUUGUACUGUGUAGAUAAAGACACAUAAUGAGCCAAAAUGGCCGGUAUGGCCUGUUCUGAUCUGUGAUGCUCUAAUGUUCUAACAUUCUGUGAUCAUUCUCCUCUGGCCUACCAGUAAGAGAAGUUCUGCUGUAGUCUAGGGUAUACGGUAUGCUGCAUUUUUACAGGUUAGAUUUCUUUUUGUCAUUUUAAUAUAUCUUUUUAGAGUUAUAUUAUUAUUAGUUAUAUUAUUGCCCACAUUGGGGGGUUUUCUGUUCCUUGACACAUGUGUUCAUAGAUAUAGGUGACAUUUUUGAAAUUUCUUUUCAUUUGAGGGAAUUACAAUCAGUUACUAUUGUAAUUCCCUGACAAUGGUUGAUUUUUGAAUAUCUGAACUCUCAAAAUAAAUUACCUUUCCCUUUAGGCGUUUACCUUGAUGGAUAAACCCGGUAUUGCUAUUCCUUCUUUUUGGGUUAAACUUUUAAGGAAGUUUUUUUUUCCAGUGCUUACACAACUUGUUUUUUUUUUUUUUUUUAACUCAUGCAGUUGGUAAUGAGGAGGCUCUUGUUUUUAAAAUGUUACUACUUUAACUGCACUGCAAGUAUAGUUAAUGCAAUUAUGUCAAAUACCAUUGCACAGUAAUUUACUGUUAAAGGAGCUUCUAUCCCUGAUACAAUGUCAGUGAACAUGCAUGUCUGCAUUUAAACAGCCCAUCUUAGCCUCCCUACAGUAUUCAUUGGCUUAGAUUACAAUAUUUACUUUAUUUUAAUUCUGUUAGCCUGUUAAGUCCUCUUUUCCUAUCAGUGUCUUUGUCUUUCUGUCAGAACUACAGUUUCAAUCUGUUACAGCAACUCCAAAUGUUAUUAAUCAUUAAUUUUUUGGUUAAUCGUGGAAUGUGUUUAUUUUCUAGAAAUGUGUGUUUACUUCAGCAUCUCUGCCACUUCAGGGAAGUGAUUUGAUGCCUUAGAAAGUGGCAGUUGUUCAUUUUGACUUCUAGUGAACUUUUCUCACUCGUGGAAGCUUUUGUACCAGGAAGGGGCGUGCUGUUCUUCUGUGCUGUUGGCCUUUACUUUACACAGAAAAGGAGGGAACAAACUUCAGAUUAAAAAUAACUUAUGUGCCUUAUGUAAGCAAUCUCGCAGGGAAACAACAUUUAUACUUAUUAAACACAAUACAUUUUAAAGCAGAAAUGUAAUGCUCCUGAAUAAAUUUAACAAAUUUAUAUCUUGAGCAUUUAUCUAAAAUCUUACAUCUAGUGGUAAAAAGCUGAAUCAGUUUUGUGUGCUUUUUAGGGUGUUGGUUGCUGUUAGUGCAAGACUAGCAGGCAUUAACUGCUCUCAUAAUAUGUGAGGUAGAUUUAAUCUCUUCCAUAGCUGCAGUCCAUCAUACCUGGGGUGACCCAGUGGUGUUCUCAUGGUAAUCUAUUAUUUUGUGUUUCCUUGGCAACUUGCACUUCCCUGCUAUUUGUGAUCUGAAAGGUCUCUGCAAGUUUAGGUCCAGAGGACUUUUAUAGACCACGAAAGAAGCUAAUGGGGAAGCAGUUUGCUUUAAAAUGUGAAAAAGUCUUUUGUGUGUAAAAAUGGUGGUAUAAGUUUUUUUUUUUUGUGAGUUUAACUUUAAUGUUUUUCAUGCUGGAUCUCUAUAUACCAAUAAUAAUAGGAUAAUGUACAAUUUAACACACUUGCUAGUUUGCUUAGUUAGCUAGCACUUGUAUGUCUUGAUAAAUCCUAGCAGUUUAAUGCCUAAAACACAUGCAGGAAACUUUAUGUGUAUAUGCAUACACACACACGCACACAAUCAACAGAUGCAAAUUCAGAAAGAUCUUGGUUACGCAGAACUUUCUGGCUGCGGUCUCAAUGAUACUAUAACACUUAGCUUUCAAAGGUCAACUGGACAGCUAACUGGUUCAUUGGUGAUUUAUCAAACACAUUUAUAAAUGGGUUUUGGGAAUUUCCAGAUGACAUUAUCUCAUGCAGUUAGGCACAUGCUUAUUAGGCACUGUUCAAUCAGUAGUGAAUAGUGUGUAUAUAGUAAAUAGCUAAUUAUUGUCUGCCAGGAACACAGCAGCCUGCUCACAUCCACACCCAAUCAGUGUUGAAGUUUAAUUAGGUUUCUAAGGAUUAAAUCAAAUAAGAGUCAGAAGUACAAAGAACAAAAAUAAGAAUAAAGGCGUGCUGUUGUUUUUUUUAUAAAUAAAUUGCUACUGCAGAGCAAGGUCGUUGUGCAAAGUGAUUUCCAAUGAUUUACUUCUGGGUUUUAUUCUGUUCGUACACAGUGUACCUGAAAUAAGUGUCAGUGCAAUCGGCUCUGUUACAGCGGAUAGAUGUUCCAGAGGAUUUCAGCAGAAAUUACCUGUGGCUCUCAAUUUAACAUUUUACUUUGCAUUUCUUUCAUUGCAGGUGUUUUCUGUUUAGAAAUGUUCUGUUCUGUCUGCUCGUGAUUUUAUAGGGAUUUCUGUUCCUUUCUGUGUCCUCUUGGAAUUGAGAUCUUUGUGGCCUGGAUUCCAUUUACAUAAGAUGAAUAACUGUUUGAAUGUAUUACUGAAUUUGCCCUUUUUUCUCAGUCAGCUGUUCCAUAUUAUUUGUGUUAUUUUCAUUUUGUUUGUCUUGGGCUUUCAGUUUUGUUCCAAUCAACUGGCUGUUGGUAACGACUGCAUGUAUGAAACACAUAAGGUCUUAUGUUGUUGAACAAAAUAAAUAUUUUGAACAUUA